UUAGAACUUUGGAAAGCCGAAACCAAAUGAAUAAAUUAAACACAAACACAUUAUUUUUACCAAUAUAUUUUUGUAGAAAAUAUGCAAGUCGUGCCAAGAGAACAGUUUUACUACAAAACAGAGAAAAAUUUACAGAGCACGAGUAUCGAAAGGCACCAUCUAUCCAGAAAAGAAUAUAUGUUUGGGGUUUUUCUGAAACAGGUGCUUUAGGGGUGAAUACACAUGAAAAAGAAGCGGCUAAAAGACAUAAAGCGGUUGUGCAUCAUCCAACGCGUUUAAAUUUUGCAGAUCGCAACGAAGUUAAGGACAUUGCUGCCGGUUAUGGCUUUUCAGCAUUUGUAACGAAAGGAGGUAAACAUGAUGUACUUUAUGGAACAGGUCUAAAUAGUGACAAUCAAAUUGGUUUACAAGAAAGAGGCCAGAUAAACGAUCCAAGGAAACUUGCUCUUGUAAUUUAUCCAACUCCCAUACAUAUUCCAAACAAAUCCAAUGAAUUUAAAGUUAAAUGUAUAUCUGCCGGUCGUGCUCAUCUUGUCUUUGCCACUACAGACGAUAGUUUUUUUGCACUAGGUAAUAACUCUUAUGGACAGUGUGGUCGUGAAAUAAUAAGAAAUGAAAAAUAUCAUGAAAGCUGUAUAGUAAACCAAAUAAAUAAAGAACAAUUGUUUAAUAAUGUGGAAGAUAGUAUAAAACAACUGGAAUGUGGACAAGAUCAUACACUAAUAUUAACUGAAAAAGGUAAAGUAUUAUCAUGUGGUUGGGGAUCUGAUGGACAAACCGGACGAGGCGAUUUCUUAACAACCGGAAAUAUUGAUUAUGUUAAUGGUGACAUUAAAGGAGAAAAUAUAAUAAAAAUAGCCAGCACUGCAGAUUGUAUUUUAGCUUUAAACGACAAAGGUGAAGUAUUUGGUUGGGGAAGUUCUGAGUACGGUCAAUUAGAUGAUAAUCAUAAUGGUUGCCAGUUUCAUACACCGAUCAAGCUAAAACUGACAAAGGGAUUUGGAAAAAUUAUUGAUAUAGCAUCAGGUGGCUCAUUUUGUAUGAUAUUAAAUGAUGAAGGUGACGUUUUUACUUGGGGUUACGGAAUAUUAGGAUUUGGCCCCCACGUAGAACAAAGUAGUAUACCAAAACAACUUGUACCAGUAAUGUUUAAUAGAAACGAAUUUAAUCGCAACUGCAAAGUGGAGUCUAUUUAUUGUGGAGUGUUUCAUAUGGCUGCUAUUAAUAGUGACAAUGACUUAUUUAUGUGGGGAAAGAAUCGUUUCGGUUGCUUAGGUUUAGGACAUUCAAAGGAUCAAUUUUUCCCAUUUAAGACAACGAUUAAUGCAAAAGUUAAAAAACUUAGCUGCGGAGUAGACCAUAAUUUAGCUUUAUGCAUACCAUUUAUUUAAGUAAAUAUUAGAAUAAUGCAUUUUGUCACAAUUAAAAAUCUGAAUAAAUUUAUUUUAAAAAGCUUU